AUGCUAAAAUCUACCGGUUUGGCCAAAAAUGAAUCUAACAAGCCUACAUGGGCUCACACACCAAGUCUUUGUGUCUGCGUCUCUCUUGACAAGACAGAGGUCUUCGCCUAUUUGGUUGCUAUGUCCGGACAGCGUAGCUUGCGUACUCUAAUCAGAAUUGUAACCCUGGAACAAACGGCGAAGAUGGUCUCGGCGAUAUCGGUGGGGGCUGUGCUGAGUUGGACACACACUUUACGACAGGCAGAAUUGGAAGUGUCUAUUGGUUCACACCAGCUAUUUGCGAGACUGGAGAGGCAAUCCUGGCCGGCUUCGAAGCGUUCGUUACCGACGCCACUAAAAUGGCGCUCGAUGGAAUCAUCGACGUCCCGAAAUAAUGGAGCGCUGGAUAUGGAUAGUGUUGGGACUGGAUCGAGUGGAAAUUUGAUUAGUGGAUAG